UGCCUCCGUCUGGAAAUUGAUUUGCAGCUUCAAAUUCUCCCUCUUUGUCUGAGCUCCAAUGCUGAACCUCUCGCCCAGACAGAGACGAAGCAAUGGGCAAAGAGUCCAUUGACAAUCUGCCGCAUCGAAUUCUCCUCCCAUUCGAAGACUCGUAGCCGUUCAAACAAGCUUCACGCUCAGAAUCAACCGUAUUCGACUUCUAGGGUUUGCUGUUUUCUGCAAAGGAUCCGGUGGAGCUGCGUGUUAUGGACUAUGGGCCGCAUGUCGACACCAGCGGAACAGAUGAUGAUCUUCCACCAUCGUACAAUAAUAGAGUUUCAAGAGGUGGCUGGGUUGCAGGGAAUGGAAGAUCCGUUGUAAGCUCCAUCCCGAUUUCUAGGGUGCAUAGCGAAAUGGAAUCCAAAAUUCACCAACUCGAACAGGAAGCAUACAGUGCAGUCUUGCGGGCUUUUAAAGCACAGUCUGAUGCCCUUACAUGGGAGAAGGAAGGCUUAAUAACUGAACUUAGGAAAGAGCUGAGAGUGUCAGAUGAUGAACAUAGGGAGCUUUUGACCAGGGUCAAUGCUGAUGAUAUCAUCUGUAGGAUAAGGGAGUGGAGACAAGCCAGUGGACACCAUGGCACCAUGCUCAGCACACCCCAUCCUGUUCAUGAUCUGGUACCCAGCCCAACAUCAGCAUCCCGCAAGAAGCAGAAAAUGUCCCAAUCAGUAAACCCGUCAUUUGGUGUACCACUGCGAUCAUUACACUCUCAGGCUGUUGCUGCAUCUGUGCAGCCUUCACAUUCUGCAGAAAAACGAGGGCCCACAGUAGGAAAUGGAGGCAGAAGGGUUAAUAGACCUGGGCAGCCAGUAUUUGGUUUAUCGUCAUUGAAGUCUAUGCAGUAUACUUCUACAGGGACUACUGGCAUGGGACAUUUUGCAAAUCGUGGUUCUUCUGGUGCUGCUGUUGCAAAAGAACCUGCUGAAGCAGCAACGCGUGAUCCAUUAAUUGGAAGGAAAGUGAUGACUCGAUGGCCAGAAGACAACACCUUUUAUGAGGCUGUCAUAACUGACUACAAUCCUUUGGAGGGUAGACAUGCUCUGGUCUAUGACAUACACACAGCAAAGGAGACCUGGGAGUGGGUUAACUUGAAAGAGAUUUCACCAGACGAUAUCCGUUGGGUGGGUGAGGAUCCAGGAAUAUCUCAGCGAGGAGGCCAUGAAAUUGAUAGUUCUGUGAGCCAUGGGAUUGCUAGAAGAGAGAGGGGAUCAGCAGAGGAUCAAUUGAGAAAAGAAUUGCCUCGGUUACAGAAUGGAGUAGGAAAGGUUCCAAAUGAAAUUGAAAUACUUCAUACGGAAACCUUAAUAAAAGAGGUGGAGAGGGUUUUUGAUGCAGGUCAACCUGAUCUUCUUGAAAUUCAGAAGGCAAAGAAAAUGCUCAAGGAUCAUGAGCAAGCAUUGAUUGAUGUGAUUGACAAGCUUGCAGAUGCAUCUGACAGUGAAAGUGUUGUUGGGGAAACUAUUUGAAGACUGGACAAAAGAUGGAUGGCCAGAAUGUCUAAAAUAUGUCCGCACAUUUGCGGAUAAUUGAUGCUAGAAAUAAACUGGGACGCCACUCUGUUGAAAAAUUAUGAACCGGCCAAAUGUCUAUAAAAUGGCUUCCUCUUUUAUCUCAUUUUCUUUCCUUGUUCCAGAUAAAAUUACUGAAAUAAUGUAGAAAGAUCCAGACGUUUUGUUGUGAUUUGGUGCAACAGUUUAUUGAUUAUCACCGGGCUGUAGUCAAAAAGUUUUUCUAUUAGGUGUCUUUUCUUCGUGCAAUGAUACAUCGCGGGAAUUAAUUAAUGCCAUUGCUUGAAGAUGUUCUAUCUGAUGGAUUACGAUCUCUAAAGUGUGUUUCUCUUUCUCCCUUCCCCCGGACACUCGUUUUUCACAUUGUUUUG